AUCCUGCUAGAGAAAUUUCCUUUCACUUCCUGACCUAUAGCCAAAACAGAAAGUGAGAUGAAAUAUCUUCAAAUUAAAGGAAUCCCUGGUUGUCACCAAGGCCUCAGAACAAGUGCCUCCAUUGGAAGAGUCUCCUCUAUUCCUUUGCUGGGGACAACCCAAAUUUGGGAUUUUCUUUCACUUUUGGUGAGGGGCAGACUGACAACUCAUGGGGCCCCCCGGGCAAUAGGGGAUCAUGGGGCCCUGUGUCCUUGCCCAAACUCAAAAAAGCUUAUGAAAAAGGUACCAGGGGCAUCUCAUGGGGCCCCCUACUGACCCUGGGCCCAUGGGCAGUGCCCGAGUUUCCAAAUGGUCAGUCCGCCCCUGGGUAUGAAUACACUCUGUGUUAAAUUUUUACUUGAAAAAAAA